UAUUCGGAAUCGUUGAUAAGUUUCGAAGACAAUAAUGUGUUUUUACUCAGAAAACUUCAGUGAGCGAACAAAAAUCCACACAGAGAGUUAAUCUAACCAUGGGCAGGGUCUAAUAUAAAAGUGAUGUAUUGUUAAUAUUUGCUGAAUCAGCUGUGGUUUGUGAUACAACGGGAAGGACUGGUUUUUAUAUCCAUCGGGUCAUCCGCUGUCCGUGAUACAAGCACAAGGUUUCGUUGCCCAGCAGAAUGUCGGGAUUAUUUGUAUUUUUGGUCUUAGCCGUAGUUGUUAUUAUUAGAGGGCAAGAUGUACAGUCGCCAUCGGUUGACGAAGGCAAAGAUGUGUAUUAUCCAGCACUUAAUUGGUCCGAUAUUUUUGACUGGAAACUUUUGAAGGAGUUUGCUUCGGACAACAGGAACGUCGUUUUCUCCCCUAUAAGCCUUAGAAUAGUCCUGGCUCUCCUCUACCAAGGUUCUAGCGGAGCCACUGAAAGAGAAUUCCAAAAUGUGAUGCAAUUUGUCGACAAGGUGUCUGUCAGAGACCAGUAUCGCGAUGUUCUCACAGCCCUGCAGGUUUCAGAAAAAAACGAAUACGUCCUCAACAUGGGUUCCAGGAUCUUCUUGCGUUCUGAAAUAGAGCCUAAGCAAAAGUUCGCCAGUGUAGCGAAAGACUUCUUCAAGACGGACAUAGAACCCAUCGAUUUUUCUGAGGCCAACUCCAGCGAGGCAAUCAACUCCUGGGUGGAUAAAUUGACCAAUGGAAGGAUAACUCAACUGGUAAAACCUGAGGAACUGAGGGACACCAUCAUGCUGAUAGCCAACGCUGUGUACUUCAAGGGAAGCUGGAGGCACCAGUUCCCGAAAAAUCAGAGCUUCCACGGAAACUUCUACUUGGUCAACAACGAUGACAUUCUGACAGUUACAGUUCCGUAUAUGACCAACGAAGAGCAGUUCUAUUACGUCGAAUCGCAAAAUUUCGAUGCAAAGAUCCUAAGACUUCCCUACAAAGGGGGGCGUUACUCGAUGAUCAUCAUCCUGCCAAAUUCCAAGGGAGGUCUUCCGGCUCUACUAAAGAGGAUCAACCUCUACAACGUCAAGUCACUCUUGUAUUUGAUGGAUAAAAGGACGGUUAAAGUGACUUUACCCAAGUUCAAGUUUGAUUUCCAAAAACGGCUAGCCCCCAUUUUGCAGAAGUUCGGAAUGCACCAGAUGUUUCAGAACACCGCCAGUUUUCCGGGUAUUGCGAGGGGGAAUUCCACACUCCUAAGGAAGCUGGUGGUGAGCGACGUGAUCCAGAAGGCUGGCAUAGAGUUGGACGAGACUGGAACAGUGGCUUAUGCAGCAACAGAGAUAAGUAUAUCAGAUAGAUUUGGAGGCACAGAUGAGUUUGAGGCUUCUCAUCCUUUUGCUUUUUUCAUACAAGACGACAAGAGUGGAACUGUGCAAUUUGCUGGUAUAUUAAAUAACCCAUUAGAAGAACUAGAGGCAAAUGAAGUCCUCCUAGCUUAAGAUAUAAAGCGAGAAAUAUAUAUAUAUUUGUUAUUACUUUUAUGUUUAUAAUGUUUUGCUCAUGAGUUAUAUAUUUUUUUGUUAUGGAAUCAAUACAUUUUGCCCUUUAAGUGAUUGGUGGGACUGACUUUGUGAAUCGACUGCAAAUUUGUGAUACCAAAGUAUUCUUUACUGUAAAUCUGAAAGUUUGAUUAAAAUGUAUUUUUAUUA